AGGUGAAGGCUCUGAGUUCAAGCCCCAGUACCACAAAAAAAAAAGAAGAAGAAUGUCUACUAAUGAGUGUGAACACAGAAAAGGACUGGAAAAUGGAGGAGCAGAGAACUAACAGCCAAGGAAAGAACCUUGAGAGGUAGAGGACAUGUUGGGACCUAAGGAGGAGGAAACACUAUUUCAUGGAAAGAAACAUCUAGAGCAUGUCUGGAAACAUUAAGUCAUAGACUAUCCAGAUGAGUUGGAUCCUUAAAGACCAGCAGCCCUGAUCACCUUUGGUGAGGCUGAAAAAAAUCACAGCCCAAAACAAAGGAUUGCCUGAUGGCAGGGCCUGGCCAACAACUCAAAGGUUUUGGUAUCUAAGUGCUUUUAACUUGAUGGUUUGGUAUGCUGUGUCAACCUAUAAUACGUUGAGAGGAAAAGAAUGACAAAUAUUUUCUUCAUAGAAUUUCCCUUUUCCAGGCUUCCCCAACAGUCUUAUUUGUUUAUAUCUGUCUAGUACAUUGUAAAAGUGAAGAGUAGAGUAGAUGAGCAGGUAGAGGGUUAUUGCAGGAUAAUAUCUUUGAGAAAUAAUCAAAGGGCAUGUUUCAGCAGAAUUAUUUCUUUUAAAUUAAUAGUAUCUUUCACAUUUAACAAUUGUGUUGGGUGUAUUUGAUACUUUCUGACUGAAUCCACAUUGUGAGUUCUGAUCUUUCAGUUCCAGAAAGCCAUGAGAAAGCACUUAUCUGGCAUUCAGUACUGGUUCCAGAUUAUUCCAUCUCAAUGUUCCUUUCCUACUUGCAGUUUCCCUUUCAGCUUCUUACUGCUUUCAGUUUUUGACUUAACUGUUUCUCACUGGCAAGUUUUGUGCAUGGUCUUAAUCUUUUUCUCUCUCUCCCUACAUGUUUACUUCUCAUUAAUUUUGUCCUAAUCUUUUUACUGUUUGGAGUUCCUCUACCCCUUUCUUUAGGAUUGUUAUUGACUGAAUUCAGUAGACAGUGUCUAUUUCACUAGUGUGUUUUUCUCCACUAUUUCAUUAUCACAUAACUUGCAAAAGUUGAUCAUAAAGUACACAUGUCCUAUGGGAGAGAAAAGAGGAGUUUUGGUUAAUGUCAGAGGCUUGUGGACUGUUACAUCUGCUUCACCUUCAACAAUUACAGUGUGCUUACCCCAGAGGACAGUGGCAAAGCCAGAUCAUGACAGCAGAGGAGAUGCCAUUCUGUACACAAAGACUUACUUAUUACAGCAAGCUAGGAUCUUUUUAGUCAGUGUAUCUGAUGUGGGUCAGAAUCAUGACAGAAGCUGUUAAGUCAUGAAUUUAUCUGUGCUUUUAAAUAAACCACAGAUGGUACUAAACCUAUAACUUAGGUUACUGUUAUCAUGGGGUCAAGCAGCUGUAUGACCAUCAAAGAUAUAUUUUUAAGAUAAAUUUGUAUUGUAUAUGUGUUUGUUUAUUCUCUUUGUAGCACGAGGUAGAACUAACAUUGAGCUGAGAGAGAAGUUCAUCCUACCAGAGGGGGCAUCCCAAGGAAUGACCCCUUUCCGAUCACGGGGUCGAAGAUCCAAACCAUCUUCGAGGGCAGCUUCUCCCACCCGCUCCAGUUCAAGUGCUAGUCAGAGUAACCACAGCUGUACAUCCAUGCCAUCUUCUCCAGCUACCCCAGCCAGUGGGACCAAGACUCCAUUUCAGUUCUCCCGCUGUUAUGACAAACCCUGGUUGGUAAACAGUAAAGCUGGCACCCCUGUCAGGGACAGCCAAUGUCCUGACCUCCAUCUGCUCAGCCCCGAGGUUAUUCCAUCAACAGGCAGCAAGCUGAAACGACCAACACCAACUUUUCAUUCUAGCCGAACUUCCCUUGCUGGGGAUACCAGUAACAGUUCUUCCCCAGCUUCCACAGGUGCCAAAACUAAUCGCGCAGACCCUAAGAAGUCAGCCAGUCGCCCUGGGAGUCGAGCUGGGAGUCGAGCUGGGAGUCGUGCCAGCAGCCGGCGAGGAAGUGAUGCCUCUGACUUUGACCUUUUAGAGACUCAGUCUGCUUGUUCAGACACUUCUGAAAGCAGCGCUGCAGGGGGCCAAGGCAACUCCAGGAGAGGGCUAACCAAACCUUCCAAAAUCCCAACCAUGUCUAAGAAGACCACCACUGCCUCCCCCAGGACUCCUGGUCCCAAGCGAUAACACUGUAUAAGCACCCCACACCACUGUCCACUUUGAAUUUGCUCCAUACAUUGGGUGUAUAUUUAUUCCGAAUGGGAGAAGUUAUAUUGUUAAAAGUGUAAAAGAAUAAUUGUGUUAUGAAGCUGCCUUAUUUUUUUUUCCUUUUUGUAAGUUACUAUUUUCAUGUGAAUAUUUAUGUAGAUAAAAUUUGCCUCCUGGUAACCCUGUAAUAGAUGAGGCCCAGAAAUGAAAUAUUUGAGAAAAACAAAUGGAAAGGUCAAGAUUCAAAUGUGUAUUAAAAGAAAAGCCUCUAAAUAGGGUUUCUGCGUGCAGGAUUGCAAACCUGCUUUAUCUUUUAGGAUUAUUCCUAAAUGCAUCUUCUUUAUAAACCUGACUUGCUGU